AUGCAAGAUAAUAACCUUUCACUGGCGGCUUCCAUCUUCCAGGAAAGCGGGGCUCCAGCUGAAUGGGGGACGCCUCUGAGCGUGAAGAUAAUCCUGGCACAGAAGGGGAUCGCCACUUUGCAAUUGCCUCUCGCCGCUGUCGCCCAUGAUACCACUAUUAUAGUUUAUCCCAUCGCUUACCCUCUCUCCCCUCCCUCCUUCACUAGCGCAUCCUCCUCCACGCCGUCAUAA